UUGGUGUCGGCUAUAAAAGCAUGGUUUCCUCUGGUUCUAUUCUCUGUAUAGCAUUCUAUAGUCUUUCCGGUGGACAGACAUGGAUAAUGCAAAUUGAUUGCUUUCACCUGCUUCGUUUGCUAUCUGCGUUCACAUUACUUUGAUGUGUGAGGUUGUUGACUUUGGCAAGAUGUACUAUGACCUCUGUAUCCUUAUGGCCAUCACCAUGGUAUGCUUUUGCUCUCUUGGUACAUUGGAAGUUUUCGUGGCCUAUGGUGAUUUACUUGUCCAGACCUCUCUCUUUGGACUCGCUACCAAUGCGAUUUGGCGAGGAUGUGGUGCUAUCAUCGCUCAACAUAUUGCAAAUCAGUAGUUUUCACCUUGCCAGGCUCGCCCUUGUUUGAGGUGGGCAGGCUUAGGGUUGAGUAA